AGUAUCUAUAUCCUUGCUCGCUUACAUAUUCGAACAAUACAUAACUAUUUUCUCAAAACAUUAUCUAAGAGUGACCAAAAUGUCUCGAAUCAUUAACCUGGAUCGAAUCUCCGCUUAUGUUCUGCAGUUGAAGGUGUUCGAUUCUAGCAACUCUAUGGUUUACAUCCUGUUAUGCACGGCUGUAUACAUUGGGCUUGUGGCGAGCCUUCGCUACCGUAGAUUGCAGUAUCUGCAGAAGAAAUAUUCGCACCUCCGACGCGGCACAUUUUACAAAAUGACUGAUCGCGAGGCAUGGGAGAUUCAAAAACUUAUCUUUCAGCUCGAGUUCCCUUUCAUGGCGCUUAAGUCUCUUCAUUUCGCGCUCUUUCGGACGUAUGGUAUUCCUUCCAUAUCAUCCCUUCUGGUGAAGACGAUGCAACUAUCCGAUACCGCUACUGCAUUCAAACGAUACGCCGACACCAGUCUCCUAAUCGGGGAAUUCGUUGCCUUUGAGCCAUCUUCUGAGCGUGCUCACGCUGCCAUCGCACGAACAAACUAUCUCCACACAGGAUAUCGCUCGACCGGGCGGAUCCUAGACGAUGACAUGCUCUACACAUUAAGUCUCUUCGCUCUCGAGCCGAUCAGGUUCGUUGAAACUUACGAGUGGCGCGAUCUAACCGAUCUAGAAAGAUGCGCUAUUGGCACGUACUGGAAAAGUCUAGGCGAUGCGCUUGGAAUCGGCUAUGAUUCUCUUCCUUCUGGGACGAAACGGUCUGGAUUCCGAGAUGGUUUGCAUUGGCUUGAGGAGAUUAAGGCGUGGAGCCAUGAAUAUGAGCGUGAGAAGAUGAAGCCCCAUCAAGCCAAUAAGGACGUUGCGGAUAGGACGACAGAUAUUCUUGUUUAUGUCUUACCGGAUUUCCUAAAACCUCUCGGGAUCUACUUCGUCUCCUUCAUGAUGGAUGAGAGAUUGAGAGGGGCUAUGAUGUACGAUCCUCCACCUCGGUUUCUAAGCAAGAUCUUUUCCGUAUCACUCCUCGCUCGAAAAUACUUCAUUCGUUAUUUAUCUCCCCCACGACCGUACUUUCUUCGUUACGACGUGUUCACUGAGAAUCCCGAUGAAAAUGGUCGGAACUUCUUCCAAUACUGGGAUAUUGUCCCUUAUUACGUGAAGCCAACUAUAUGGAAUCGAUGGGGUCCUGCGGCAUGGGUGAGGAGGGUUAUGGGAUUGCCUCUUCCAGGAGAUGAUGGCGAUCGGUACUAUCCACGAGGUUAUAGGACAUCAGAAGUCGGCCCGAGAUAUUUUGAAGGCAAAGGGGAUGCAAAGAUGGUUGAGAUCAAGAGUGUCCUUGCUAGAGAGAGAAGAGGGCAGUGUCCUUUUGCUUGAUCUGAAUGAUUAUUGUCAGGUUUGUCGAAUAUUGAUGCCCUAGGAGAUGUAUAACACCAUAUACGGGGCAACAUCAAUGCUCCAGGUUGGAUUUCUGUUAGUUGUCACUGUCUGCCGUUGAAAUAUGUCAUAUAAUGAAUUUUCCAGUCAUUACUGUCUUAUCCAUCUGAAUGAUCAAUCGUUAUCCUGUUCCUUUACCACUUUCAUCAACACGGCUAACUACGCGGAAACAUCCGUGAACAGACCAGAC